AUGUCAAGGGCAAAAAACCAUCUCCAACUGCUUCAGUUUCUGCAAAGAACGUCUUCCAUUACAAUACCCAUUCGCUCAAAGAUAUUGGUGAGAUCGCUGAGCGAGAUUGUUCCGGUUUCAUACUUUCAUGAAAGAGCAGCAUUUGAUGAGUAUUCUCUUUGCAAUGCUCUUAAAAAUGCAACCUUUGAAUCUUGUAACACUGGGAAACAGAUUCAAGCUGUUAUUAUUAAGGAUGGGUUUCAUAAAUUUACCAUCUUGAUGACAGCAUUGAUGAAUUUUAAUCUCAAAUGUGGUAAUUUAAGAGAUGCUAGAGGUGUGUUUGACGAAAUGUCUGAAAGAGAUGUUGUCACUUGGACUUCAAUGAUUGUGGGUUAUGUGCAAAACAAACAUUUUGAUGCAUCAUUGAGAUUGUUUAAGAAAAUGAUUGAGUUUGAUGUAAUUCCUAAUGGGUAUUCGUUUUCUGGUGCUCUGAGCGCUUGUUCUGGUCUUCAAGAUGUUAAGUUAGGCAAGCAAGUUCAUGCUCAUGUUUUAAUAUCUGGUGUUUUGGAUGGUAAUGUUGUUUUGCAAAAUAGUUUGCUUAAUAUGUAUUCAAGAUGCAAAUGUCUUGCAAGUGGUCGUAACUUGUUUGAUUUGAUGAUGGUGAAAGAUAUGAUUGCUUGGAAUGAAAUGAUGUCUAGUUAUUUGCAGUGUGAACAAGGAGAAGAAGCUUUGAAAUUGUUUGCUUCAAUGGUUUCCCAAGGUCUAAAGCCUGACAAAUUCUCUUAUUCGGUUUCUGUUGAUGCUUGUGCUUCUCUAGUUUCAAUUCCACAAGGAGAUCAAGUGCAUGGCUGCAUUCUUAAAACUGGGUUUCAAUCAGAUUUGAUCAUUAGGAGUUCUCUCGUGAACAUGUAUGCAAAAUGUGGUUGUGUUGAUUCGGCAAAACUUGUAUUUGAUGCAAUGCCAACAAAAGACACACUUCUUUGGACAACCAUGAUUUCUGCAUAUGGAAGAAAUGGGCAAGUCGAAGAAGUUCUAGCAAUGUUUGAAAAGAUGCUUGAAUUGAAAAUUAAUCCUGAUGGGAUCACUUAUUUAGCAGUUUUAUCAUCUUGUAGCCAUGGAGGUAUGGUUGAAAAAGGUUGGAAAUAUUUCAGACUGAUGACAGAAGAUAACUUGGUGUCUGCUGGACCAGAGCAUUAUUCUUGCAUGGUUGAUCUUUUAUGCCGGAGUGGGCUCUUACUGGAAGCCUUAGAAUUCAUAAAGGAUAUACCUUCGAGACCAAGUAUUAGUGUUUGGUGCUCCUUUCUUAGUUCUUGUAAAUUGUACGGAGAUAUUGAGCUUGCACAGUUUGCAUCAGAUAAGAUUCUUGAAUUGAAUCCGCAGAACACAAGCAGUUUCGUGGUACUGUCGAAUAUGCAUGCUGCAGAAUUUGGUUGGGAUGAAACCGAGAAGAUUAGAAAAACAAUGAAGAAUGACCAUGUGAAAAAAGAGCCUGGUUGCAGCUGGGUAGAACUGAAAAAUGGUGUUCAUGUUUUUCUGACUUCAGAUAAAUCGCAUCCAGAGGUGUGUGAGAUCUUAUUUGCUGUAAAGUCAUUGAUGAGUAAAGGCUGGAUAGACGAAGAACAUGACCUGAUGAAUUGUUAA